GAUGUGGCGCCGCUGCUUGCCGCGGAACUUCCGCUUCUCGAGGAAGGCGUCGCCGAUCGGGAGCGAGCCGAUCCGUCAGUCGCCGUGGACGGCGCCUAGAUCCUUCUCCACUGACUCGGUUGGGCGCUCUUCAUAUACUAUCGUUGAUCACACAUAUGAUGCAGUGGUUGUAGGCGCUGGAGGUGCAGGGCUAAGAGCAGCCAUUGGUCUCUCAGAGCAUGGCUUUAAUACUGCUUGCAUUACCAAGCUCUUUCCUACUCGCUCUCACACGGUUGCUGCACAGGGUGGUAUAAAUGCUGCUCUUGGUAAUAUGAGCGAAGAUGACUGGAGGUGGCACAUGUAUGAUACUGUUAAAGGAAGUGACUGGUUAGGUGAUCAGGAUUCCAUUCAGUAUAUGUGCAGAGAAGCACCAAAAGCAGUCAUUGAACUGGAAAACUACGGAUUACCUUUUUCCAGGACUGAAGAUGGCAAAAUAUAUCAACGGGCUUUUGGAGGUCAAAGUUUGGAUUUUGGAAAAGGUGGCCAGGCAUAUCGUUGUGCAUGUGCUGCUGAUCGAACUGGCCAUGCCUUGCUGCACACACUUUAUGGGCAAGCGAUGAAGCAUAAUACUCAGUUUUUUGUUGAAUACUUUGCUUUGGAUCUUCUCAUGGAUAGCAAAGGGACUUGCCAAGGUGUGAUUGCACUGAAUAUGGAGGAUGGGACCCUUCAUCGUUUCCAUGCAGCCAACACAAUUUUAGCUACUGGGGGCUAUGGUAGAGCUUACUUCUCUGCAACCUCAGCUCAUACAUGUACUGGAGAUGGCAAUGCUAUGGUCGCACGAGCUGGGUUACCUCUCGAGGACCUUGAGUUCGUUCAAUUUCACCCUACAGGCAUAUAUGGUGCUGGAUGCCUGAUCACUGAAGGAUCUCGGGGCGAGGGUGGUAUCCUUAGGAACAGUGAAGGUGAACGUUUCAUGGAACGAUAUGCUCCUACAGCAAAGGAUCUUGCAUCACGCGAUGUGGUUUCUAGAUCUAUGACAAUGGAAAUAAGAGAAGGUCGUGGUGUAGGGCCACUUAAGGAUCACAUUUAUCUUCAUCUGAAUCAUUUACCUCCGGAUGUUCUCAAGGAAAGACUUCCUGGGAUAUCUGAGACUGCUGCUAUUUUUGCUGGUGUUGAUGUCACUAAGGAACCCAUCCCUGUUCUGCCUACCGUGCACUAUAAUAUGGGUGGAAUACCGACAAACUACCAUGGCGAGGUAGUUCAUAUAGAGGGUGAUGAUCCAGAUGCAGUGGUUCCUGGUUUGAUGGCUGCUGGAGAGGCAGCUUGUGCAUCUGUCCAUGGAGCAAAUAGGCUUGGCGCAAACUCACUUCUUGAUAUUGUUGUUUUUGGCAGAGCCUGUGCAAACAGAGUCGCGGAAAUCUGCAAGCCAGGGGAGAAGCAGAAACCACUUGAGAAAGAUGCUGGAGAAAAGACCAUUGCUUGGCUGGAUAAGUUAAGGAACUCAAAUGGUUCACUGCCAACUUCAAAAAUUCGUCUAAACAUGCAACGGGUGAUGCAAAAUAAUGCUGCUGUGUUUCGAACACAAGAAACACUAGAAGAAGGUUGUCAGUUGAUAGACAAAGCAUGGGAGAGCUUUCAUGAUGUCAAAAUCCAUGAUCGGAGUCUGAUAUGGAACUCCGACUUAAUAGAGACUGUUGAGCUAGAAAAUCUUUUAAUAAAUGCAUGUAUAACAAUGCACUCAGCUGAGGCAAGAAAGGAAAGUCGAGGAGCUCAUGCUCGCGAAGACUUUACGAAAAGAGAUGAUGAGAAGUGGCUGAAACACACACUAGGGUAUUGGGAGAAUGGGAAAGUCAAGCUAACCUAUAGGCCUGUCCAUAUGAACACUUUGGAUGAUGAAGUGGAGUCAUUCCCACCGAAAGCACGGGUUUACUAAUGCCUGCUUUCUUGCCUGGGUUGUUUUUCGAGCAUUAUCUGACUGGAGAUGUUUUUAAGGUUAAAAUAAUGGAACAUCAGCUUUCUCUGAGAAGAACUCGUUUAUCUGUCAGUGAAAAAACUGAAAUAAUGUCCAUGUAAUUUAUGUCAGAGAGAGAGAGAUGCUGAUAACUUAUGAGAUCUGUGAUCAGCAUUUCUUUUUAUUUUUAUUUUUUAUUUUAAUUUUCUCAACUGAACUCAUCUCCUAGUCGUUGCUUUCAUUAUGUAAUUUUCUAUCCCAUCUUUGUAUGAGUCGCAUAACUGCCCCUAAUGUUAGUGAAGUGGUAGAAACAUAUCAGUUA